AUGGAUGUCAACAUGGACGAGUACCUGAAAGCCAAAGGCGUGAGUUGGUCGAUGCGACGAAUGGCUUUGACGUGCGACUCAAGCGUCCUUUUCAUGGAGCAUCCAACACGACCCAAGGACUUCCAAUACGAGAAAACGGAGUGCAGAUUUGUGUCACAUUACUCGACCGGACACCUUGAGACGAUUGGCCCGGAUCUUGAUGGCGCCAAGGAACAUGUAGCCCCGUAUACAAAUAUGCAAUUGGUUCUCAAGGAGCCACGCCUCAAAACAUCCAUCUCGUGUUUGCUGCCAUCGUAUCAAUUCUCGUUUCAAAAAAUGCUCGACGCAUCGUUUGAGGCCAGGCGGUACUACAGGCGUGUUCAAGUCAACGGC